UUGCUUGAUUCCUUGUUAAAUUCAGGCAACUAAAAUGGAAGCAGACAUAGAAAUGAUGAGAAAGGAACUCGAAGAACCAACUGAAGUGGAAAUUGAACUGAAGCGAAGACUCAACCAGCUUACUGACCACCUUAUUCAAAAACAAUCCCAGGUCGAAGCGCUUUCCUCAGAGAAAGCAACCAUAUCGUUUAGAAUCGAGGCUGUGUCAAGGCUUAUAGAAGAAAACAAAGGUAUGUCUGCAAUUGAAGCCGCAUCCCAAGAUCUUGAAGCAGGAGAUUGGGAACUCUCAGGAUCAAAGUUUAAACCAGCUUUCCAAGAUAAAAUCCGGUCAGGCAAGAAACAUUUGGGAUGGCUAGUGAUGCAACUAAAUGCUAUCUUCGUCUCGGGAACCGUCUUCUUGCGUAGAAACCCGACCGCCAAAAUCUGGGCUGUGCUCUAUCUUGUUUGCCUUCAUCUCUGGGUAUUAUACAUCUUACUUUCUCAUUCUGAUACUUCUUCUUCAGGUGCCGUGAUUUCCUUAGAGAAAUUCAGUAACAGUUCACAUCAAUAGUCUUUUCCAUAAGAAC